CCGGAAUUGUAAACGUUAACGGAGGUUUCACUUUUCUGCUCUCUACCAAAACGAGAAGUCCUAUCCCUCUUCCAGGUUGCCUACUAUCCACCGCAACCAGAGGCGGCUACUUCUCUCCAUCGCAACCGACGACACAUAAUCGCGGAAGAUGAAUUUAGCGGCAACGGAGGCUUCAGUACAGGGAGCGAAGGAAACCUGGCUGCCAGAGCACAAUCGCGGAAGAGGAAAUUAGCCCAAUCAACUGCGAUUUUCGAGCAAUUGAAGGUUUCUCCUGAGAAAAUUCUAAAAACUUCGGUAUGUGCUUGGUUUAUUCAUCAAAUCUAUUUUAGGGAUUUUUAUUGAGAAACAGGUACUGGAAUUUUCUUACAAGCUCUUGUUCUCACUUCUCAGAGCAUAUUUGGCCAAAUAAGCUUUUGAUUUCUGUUCCAAAUAGUCAUUUUUUAUGCUUCUGUUCUGGCUUUGUUUAUUUUCUGUUUUGGCAGCAAGGAUUAUCCUUUUGUUUUUUCUUGAUAGGACUGGUGUGAGUAUACAUAAGAACAUGUUUUUAUAUUAACAAUUCCAUGGAGGCUUUAACUUUUUUAAUAAAUGAAAGCACAAAGACAUUAUUUCUAUCCAGCUGUUUAUUCAAGUCUCUAGAGUACGCAUCGCUCAGAGAGAAAAGAGUGCAAUGAAAAUAUAUUAUCAGACCUUGCAUACAGCGAUUAAGAGACACCAUUGUUAACUUCAUCAGAACAAAAGUGAGCACCUAGCAUCAUUACAUCAUCAUCUUAUCAUGCAUUGAUGGUCUAUAGUGACUUAGCAGCUCCAGAAUCCAGUAGUAUAGAACAAUACCAAUACAAGAAAAAUGCAUUAAAUCCAUAAAUGUAUAUUACCAUAUCUUUCAGUUCAAACUUUAGGUAUGGCCGUGUGGGUAUAAUAAUGUGGGUUUCUAGUAUGCACAAAAUGUUAGUGCCAACCCACAGAUAAAAUAAAGGGAACAUAAUUGGUCAUAACUCUCUUUCAUGGGCAAAUAAAAUCCACAAAAUAAAGGGGAUAGAGUUGGACCUGAAAUCCCUUUUCACGGGCAAUUAAAAUUCACAGUACCUCAUUUAAAAGUAUAGCAAGAUAUGCUCUGCCAUUUCUAGAGUUCACUGUUCUUCCACAUCCAGUCCCAGGGAUCUUAAUCCUAUAUUCGGAAGUAAACAGCCUCUAGUUAUGGCUUAUAAGGCGGUUAAGACAACAAAGCCUGGGCUUGAAAUGCCUGGGCUUGAAGAGCCACAUGAGCAAGAGCAAGAGCACAAAAUCAGAAUCACACUUUGAUAAAAAAAAUGUGAAGUCGAGUCUGGGGACUUUUUGAAGCAACUGGAAUAUCUGAAUCCGAAUUCAGCACAUGUGGAUGUUUGUAAAUUUCCUUUCAACGAGGCAUCAGGUUCACGUUUAUCCUCUCCUCUCCUGUUUUUCUUCUUCUGUUCAUGUUGUUGUAAAAGCAUUCUGGAAUAUCAUCAUUCACAUGUUUGGUAAUUCCAGAAGAAAAAAAAUACUAAUAAGUUCUUUUGCUUUUGUGACUAUUCAAGACUUUCUGUGUUGGUUUAUUUGCAUAGAUUCAGACAUGGAAACGGCUGAGGUUCUGAUAAAGAUUGGUCUAGAAGAACCAAGUCGAUGGGUUUGGGUAACAGAUGACAUGGCUCCCAAUAAUGUUGAGGAAAGGAGUGGAAUUGAUAAUGAAAGUUAUGUAAUUGUUAACGAGGAUUUGAUUGUAGAUGCAGUUGCAAACUUCAUGGCUAGAUGCAUUAUGUCCAACAGGAAAGCUCAGAGCAUGACUCCCCAGCAGCUUCAAAAGACGCUGAAAAAAGCAUUGGGUGGCAUGAACAAGUUGGAGGCGAUGCUCAACAUUUGGAGUGCGGGAAAGUUGUUUUAUGCUUUCUCUACAUGGGGACUUGCUCUUGCAGGGUUGUACAGCAGUCGAAGUGUUCUGAAACUUGCUGCUUUGGGCGUUCACACAACGAGCAAAGUGGUUAUGAAAGCUCUUUGAGUUAGUGACGUGGUAUGUGUAACUGUGUAAGCGUACAGUAUAUUAUUUGAACUUUCGCUUGUAAAUACCAUCAAGGUUGUUCUUUCCUUGGGAACCAGAUCCUAUUCCAGAAUCCAGAUAAGUGUAAACAGAAAUUGGUGUUGAUACUAAGCCUACUAUGCACUUUGAAGAUCAAUAUAAUUGUAAAUUCCAGAUGACUUUGUG